CCUGGGAGCCACGCCCCUUUCUAGGUCCUCUGGGAGGUGCUGUCUGCCCCUCUGCACACCCUAGAACUCUAGGCCAGCCCAGGCCAGGGUGUGAGUCCUUCAUGGCUCCCCUGGAUCAGUGGCCAGGAGCUUCCCCAAGAAUGGCCCCUUGAAAUCAACUUCUCAGAUUGUAGGGGGCGGGAGGGGGCCAGCUUGAGCAAUGUCCCUGAGAGACACCGAAGGGCAGGAGGCAUGUUUUGAAUAUGACUCCCACGAGGGGGACGAGCCAGCCAGCCCCGAGCCGCCCGGCAGCCUGGACAUCCUGGAAGAGGUUUUAUGCGCUGAAAGAGUUGGCCAGAUGACUAAAACAUAUAGCGACUUAGAUGCGGUGACUCGGCUUCUUGAGGAGAAAGAGCGGGACUUGGAGCUGGCCGCGCGCAUUGGCCAGUCCUUGCUGAAGAAGAAUAAGACACUGACGGAGAGGAACGAGCUGCUGGAGGAGCAAGUGGAGCACAUCCGGGAGGAGGUGUCCCAGCUCCGCCAUGAGCUCUCCAUGAAGGAUGAGCUGCUGCAGUUUUACACCAGUGCCGCAGAGGAGAGUGAGCCCGAGUCCGUCUGCUCCACACCGCUGAAGAGGAACGAGUCUUCCUCCUCCGUCCAAAACUAUUUCCACCUUGAUUCACUUCAGAAGAAGCUGAAGGAUCUAGAAGAAGAGAAUGUGGUCCUGCGAUCUGAGGCAUGCCAGCUGAAGACGGAAACCAUCACCUAUGAGGAGAAGGAACAGCAGUUGGUCAGCGACUGCGUGAAGGAGCUAAGGGAUGCGAAUGUGCAGAUCGCCAGCAUCUCAGAGGAACUGGCCAAGAAGACAGAAGAUGCCGCCCGGCAGCAGGAGGAGAUCACGCACCUGCUCUCCCAGAUUGUGGACUUGCAGAAAAAGGCCAAAGCGUGCGCUGUGGAGAAUGAGGAGUUGGUCCAGCACCUGGGGGCAGCGAAAGACGCUCAGCGACAGCUCACAGCCGAGCUUCGCGAGCUGGAGGACAAGUAUGCUGAGUGUAUGGAGAUGCUUCAUGAAGCCCAGGAGGAGCUCAAGAACCUGCGGAACAAAACCAUGCCCAAUACCACGUCCAGGCGCUACCACUCUCUGGGCCUCUUCCCAAUGGAUUCCUUGGCGGCUGAGAUUGAGGGGACCAUGCGCAAGGAGCUGCAGCUGGAGGACCCCGAGUCUCCAGACAUCAUGCACCAGAAGCGUGUGUUCGAGGCAGUUAGGAACAUGAACCAGGUGGUAAAGCAGAGGUCGCUCACCCCAUCCCCCAUGAACAUCCCCGGCUCCAACCAGUCCUCCGCCAUGAACUCCCUGCUGUCAAGCUGCGUCAGCACGCCGCGGUCCAGCUUCUACGGCAGCGACGUGGGCAACGUGCUCCUCGACAACAGGACCAACAGCAUCAUCCUGGAGACAGAAGCCGAAUUGGGGGCCGAGGAGUGCGGGAAGAAGCCAGGCACACCAGGCACACCAGGGUCCCACGACUUGGAGACGGCGCUGCGGCGGCUGUCGCUGCGGCGGGAGAAUUUCCUGUCAGAGCGGCGGUUCUUUGAGGAGGAGCAGGAGCGGAAGCUGCGGCGGCUGGCGGAGGGGCCGCCCUCGCCCUCCGGGAGCCUGGUGUCGCUGGGCGCUCUCACCGCCGGCUCCACCAUGUCCUUCGGCAGCCGCGGCUUCCUGCCCGAGAAGCUGCAGAUCGUCAAGCCGCUGGAAGGUUCUGCCACCCUGCACCACUGGCAGCAGCUGGCCCAGCCUCACCUUGGGGGCAUUCUCGAUCCCCGGCCCGGGGUGCUCACCAAGGGCUUCCGGACCUUGGAUGUGGACCUGGAUGAAGUCUACUGCCUUCACGACCUGGAGGAAGACGACACAGGUGACCCCAGCUCCCUGCGGGGCCUCGCUCCCUCCACGCCCGCGCAGCAGCACCCGGCGGCCGCAGGUGAGGAGAGGCCCGGGACCCCGGCGCCUCUGUCAGGCGGCCGAAGCCACCCCAGCCGGCCACAGGCGUCCUCCGAGGAGAUGCAGGAGCCGCCAGCCAUGCAGGAGGAGGAGGAGGAGGAGGGGUCUGGGAGAGCGACACAGCCGCCCGACAGCCGCCCGAGGUGACCCUUGAGAGCCUGGCGCAGGCCUGCGUCCUGUCCCCCCCACCCCCCAAGUGGUAUUUUUGGGUGGGGCCAAAAUCUCCAGCUUCCGUCCUCCUUUCUGAUAGCCAUCGAUCUUCCCUGAAACUCCUAAAGCUGUCUGCCUUGGGAAUUGGGGGGACGGGACACUUGUGAUUUUUUUUUUUUUUAGCAGCCUUCUCUUACUUGCCCACCCCUCACCUCCAGCCCACUUGUAUCAAAUGGGUUUUGCAUCUGUGAGUGCAAUUUAUGACGUCUCCAAAUUGCCCUUCCCACACUGAUGGGUUGUAAAAUUGGGGAGUUGACUACCUCAUGGAGACGAGCGGGGUGGGUUGGAAAUCCUGACCCUGGGUUUCAAUGAGGGUGCACUAAUGAUUUCUAAAGAUCGCUUUGUGUGAUGUCUAAAUUUUUAUUUAUUUAUUUUAAUGUUAGUCGCUUCUCAUCACCGUGUCCUCGUGAUUUCUGUUGAUUACUUUCCGGGGUCUGUCCCAUCCAUUUCUCUCUGUGUGCCCAAAUUAACCCCCAUGAUUCCUGUUUUUUUGCAGGGGGCAAGGAGGGGAGGGGUGCUUCAUUGGAGCUCUUCCGUUGUUGCUUUUGUUUCUAGAUCCUUCCUGCAGUCGGAGAAUCGUGAUUGUCUGGUUUGCGUUAUCCCACAGCGUUCUUAUUUUUAUUAUUCUUUUUUUUUUUUUUAGUUCCCGGUCUUCUUAUGGCAUUCUCUCUCAUUUAUCAUCCCAAGUCCCAAAGGCCAUGGUGUGCUUGUUUGAGAAAUGCCAAGAUUCAUAAAGGCUGUUGUUUUUGUUUUCCUGCUUUUCACAUGGCCCUCCAUAAUUAAUGGCUGAGCAUCUGCUCUCAUUGCCUGGGUACAUACCAUGGCCUGUGUCACCAUUAUUAUUGUUAUUAUUUUUUAUGCUCUGGCUUGUCCACCUGCCUUCAAUUUAUGUGUCUCUUGACAUUUUAUUGUUAUUAUUAUU